CCGAGCGGCCUGGGGCCGAGGGGCGGGCCCUCCGCGCACGGGGGCUCGGCCAGCGAGCUGCCCGCCCCUUCGCGGCCGGCCAGCAUCCACGAUGGCGCCCCGACGGCUCUGUCCGCUGCUGCUGCUGCUGCUUCUGGCCGGGCAGCCCAGCCGCGCCGUGGGGAGCGAGACGGAGCCGGCCUCGGGGGCGCCCGCCGACGCGCUGCUGGCGGCGGGCGCGGAGGCGUACGCGCGGGGCGACUGGCGCGCCGUCAUCCUGCAGAUGGAGCGGGCGCUGCGGGCGCGGGAGGCGCACCGGGCGCGCCUCGUCCAGUGCCGCCUGCGCUGUGCCGCCGCUGCCAACCGCAGCACCCUCGAGGGCGGCGGCGGCGGGGAAGAGGAGGAGGCCUGGCCGGCCCCGACGGAGCGCUCCCGGCAGCCGCCCUCUCCCCCGGCCCGCGAGCUCCACCGCCCUGUCGACGACCUCCGCUUCUUCGGGAAGGUCCUCCGCCGCGCCGCCUGCCUCCGCCGCUGCCUCCCCGACGGCCUGACCCGGGACCAGCUGGGCGAGGAGACCGAGCUCGAGUUCCGCAAGCGCAGCCCCUACAACUAUCUCCAAGUGGCCUAUUUCAAGAUCAACAAGCUCGACAAGGCCGUGGCUGCUGCCCACACCUUCUUUGUGGCCAAUCCCAACCAUAUGGAGAUGAGGCAGAACCUGGAGUAUUACCAGAUGAUGGCUGGGGUCAAGGACUCCGACUUUGUGGACUUGGAGGCCAAGCCACAUAUGCAAGAAUUCCGUCUGGGCGUGAACUACUACACGGAGGAGAACCCCCAGGCGGCCAUUUUGCACCUGGAAAAGGCGCUGGAGGCAUACUGGGUAGCUGAUACGGAGUGCCGGACCCUCUGCGAGGGAGCGUACGAUCACGAAGGCUACAACUACCUGGAAUACAAUGCGGACCUUUUCCAAGCUAUCAUCGAUCAUUACAUGCAGGUGCUAAGUUGUAAGCAGAGCUGUGCGAGCGAACUUGCAUCUCAGCCUGGGCGGGACAAACCCAUCGAAGAUUUCCUCCCGUCGCAUUUCAACUACCUGCAGUUUGCUUACUACAACAGCGGCAAUUACGAGAAGGCCAUUGAAUGUGCCAAGACAUAUUUGCUCUUCUUCCCGAAUGAUGAGGUGAUGAAACAGAACCUGGCUUACUACAUCGCUGUGCUGGGGGAAAACCUAGCCGGACCUGUAGAACCCAGAGAGAAUGUCCAGACUAAUCGGCGGCGCAGCCUCCUGGAGAAAGAGUUGCUUUUCUUCGCCUACGAUGUCUUUGGGAUCCCCUUCGUGGACCCGGACACAUGGACCCCGGAGGAAGUAAUCCCAAAGCGUUUGAGGGAGAAGCAGCAGGUGGAGCGCGAGACCGCGGCCCGCAUAUCAGAGGAGAUCAGCAAUCUCAUGAAGGAGAUCGAGACCCUGGUGGAGGAGAAGACCAAAGACUCCACGGACAUGAGCAGACUCGUGCGGGAGGGAGGCCCCUUGCUCUACGAUGGACUCGCUGUGACCAUGAACUCCAAGCUGCUGAAUGGCUCCCAGCGGGUGGUGGUUGAUGGACUCAUCUCCGAUGAGGAGUGCAGGGCUCUGCAGAGGCUGACCAACGCAGCUGCCUCAGGUGGGGAUGGCUACCGCGGGAAAACCUCCCCUCACACCCCCAGCGAGACCUUUUACGGGGUGACGGUCUACAAAGCCCUCAAGCUGGGCCAGGAAGGCAAGGUGCCCAUGCAGGGCGCGUACCUCUACUACAACGUGACGGAGAAGCUCCGCCGGGUGAUGGAGUCCUACUUCCGCCUGGACACGCCGCUCUAUUUCUCCUACUCACACCUGGUGUGCCGGACUGCGAUAGACGAUAAGCAAGAAGACCGGGUGGAUCCCAGCCACCCCGUGCAUGUGGACAACUGCAUCCUCAAUGCCGAGGCCCUGGUGUGUGUCAAGGAGCCGCCAGCAUACACUUUCCGGGACUACAGUGCCAUCCUCUAUUUAAACGGGGAUUUUGAAGGAGGAUCAUUUUACUUCACGGAGCUGGAUGCCACAACUGUGACCGCUGAAGUGCAGCCCCAGUGUGGGAGGGCGGUGGGCUUCUCCUCGGGCUCCGAAAACCCCCACGGAGUGAAAGCUGUCACCAAGGGGCAGCGCUGUGCCAUCGCCUUGUGGUUCACCCUGGACCCUCGCCACAGCGAACGGGAGCGGGUCCAGGCCGACGACCUGGUGCGGAUGCUAUUCAGCACGGAGGAAGUGGUGCUGCCCCCGGAGCAGAUGCCUGCCACGCAGCAGCCCGUGCCAGGCCCGACGAGAGCUCCCGACCAGGCUGUCACCACCACCGAGAAGGAUGAGCUGUAGCAUUUGGGAUCCUGGACAUCUGAGCAGGCAGCCCGAAGCGUGGCGAGCAGAAGAGAAGGACCACAACCGCAUCCCGGUAGCCCUGGGCCAGCAGGACUAGUGGAUGGAGGCGGGGGGCAAGCUUUCUGUUUCUCUUUGCCCCCAAUCCAUUUCCCCCCAGGGGACGGAGGCCAUAACUUCAUCAAGAAGCUACGCCACGGAUGACUGUCUUCUAGCAAGCGCUGUCAUUGCUGGGGCUCUCUGGCUUCCGGACUAAAGCGCCUCCAGUUCAGCUUUUGCCAAGCCAGUCCCCAAUGGCUCCCAGAAGAGAGAGACCGCUGGGUAGCAGGCGUUUGGACCAGGGCGUCUUGAAUUCAAAUCCCGUGUCAACCCUCGUGCUCCCUUGGAGGACAGGCUGGUCACCGCCUCCAGAUGAUGCGCACCUCACAGGGUUGUUGUGAGGAUAUGACGGGGAAAGCUUGGCGUAAGCGCCUCUCAGCACCAGGGAGGGGAGGAGGGGAUUCAAAAUUGAAUGCCACUGUCCUGCUCUUUCCCCUCCAUGUUCCCUGUCAGGCAAUUGUGGAAUAAAACCUUCCCUCUUUUUUUUUUUUUAAACAAAGUGUAUUGUUUUCCCCCA